CAACUGUCUUCUGUAACAAUUUACUCUUAUUUAUUACUUUAUAAUACGUGCGAGCAAAGUUCGUUUAUCAAGCUUAAUCGAGAAAAUGAAGUGCGUGACUCCUGAAAUUUCAUGGCACAAUCGUGAUCCGGUAUUAAGCAUCGACAUACAAAACGGUUCGUACAAAAAUAGGGAAGGACAAAUAUUUUGGAGAGUUGCAAGUGGAGGAGCAGAUUAUCAUGUUUUGAUUUGGCAUAUGACAAUAACAGAAUACAGCGGCGUUACUAUGAAUUGCAUGGCGGAUUUGGAACGUCAUCAGAAAGCAGUAAAUGUGGUGAGGUUUUCCCCAUCCAAAAAGAUUUUAGCAUCGGGAGAUGAUGAAUCUGUUAUUAUCUUGUGGAAAUUAAAGGAAGGAUGUGACAGUUCUUCAGAUACUGAAAACAAUGAACAAUGGGCUUCCUGGAAAGUAUUAAAAGGCCACCUUGAGGAUAUUUAUGAUAUCAGCUGGGCACCAAACUCUAAUUUUCUAAUCUCUGGUUCUGUUGAUAACACUGCUAUACUGUGGGAUGUUAAAAAAGGCCGUAAUAUAGCAAUAUUAUCAGAUCAUAAAGGUUUUGUGCAAGGAGUAUCUUGGGACCCUUGCAAUCAAUAUGUGUGUACUAUUAGUACAGACAGACAGUGCCGUUUAAUAGACAUUGCUAAGAAGAAAGUCGUUCAACGCGUCCAUAAAUCGAAAAUACCAACACCACCUGGUCACCCAUUGGAAGGGAAGGUCGUUCGUUUGUUUUACGACGACACAUUCAAGUCUUUUUUCCGUAGGCUAACUUUCACCAUAGACGGAUCGCUGAUUAUCGUUCCUUCUGGAAUAAUCGAGCCACAAGAGACUACAGGGAAUAUAUCGAACGCAACAAUCAUUUUCUCUAGACAUAAUAUAAAAGAGCCGAUAAUGAUCCUCCCUACUCAGAACGAAAUUACUAUAGCUGUAAGAUGCUGUCCUGUGUACUUUGAGCUGCGAAAGGACGGACCAGAUCCUACAAUAAUGUUGCCUUACAGGAUGGUAUUUGCCGUCGCGACACAGAAUUCUGUGUUAUUUUACGACACACAGCAAAUUUGGCCGAUCGGCAUGGUAUCGAAUAUUCAUUAUGGUAGACUGAAUGACAUUUCGUGGUCCAGCGAUGGGCGAAUUUUGAUUGUAUCCUCGAGCGACGGCUACUGUUCGAUAAUACACUUCGACGAGAAUGAAUUGGGUCAGAUUUAUACGGCGAAGGAGCCUAUAAAUCUGCCGAAAGAAAUACUCAAGAGCUCUGGCAAAAAAUCGUCGAACGUCGCAGUUAAAGACAGCGUGAGCAAGAACAAAGUCACGACAAUCGACGUGGAUGAAAGUGCGGUGGACAUCGAUAUCGUGAAGUAUAAUAUAGUCGCGAAAACGAAAGUUUAUCCUGAGAAGUCAUCCGAAAAAGCAUCAGACAAAAUCGUGCAAAAUCAGACUAAAACGACAAGGACAAGCAACGAUCCACAGCAAGGAAGCAAAUUGAACGAGGAGAUCGCCGGAGAAGAGACGGAAGAUAUCAAGUUGGUGUAUCACGAAGAUAGUACCAGCGAUGCGGCCAAGACGAAAGAGAAAGCCGCUUCUAAGAAGACCAAUGUCGCGCCGAUCAAGUGCAACAAAGCACCCAGAAGAGUGCAACUGAUAACUCUGUCGAGUCCGCGGGAGCCCGCGCUCAAGAAACAAUAGUUCAUUGUAAAAAGCGGAUAGAACUGUCUUAAGACUUUAUUGUGCGGAAGGGGAGUUUUAUCGUUUACAAUUGUUUUUAUAAUUAAGAAUAUUGCCAGAAAGGGAACACGGAUGUAUAAUUGUAUACUCAAGAUUAUAGAUCUAUUCAAAGUUGUAA